AUGGGGGUGUUAGAAUAUUUCCUGUGUGAGAACAGCUGGGCUGUUUCAGCCAUUAGUUCAAGGAUCAACAUGAUGGACAACACAAGGUGCAUUUAUGUGUCUGCUGAGAGGGAAGUGGGGGUUAUAUCUACGAGUUUACUGGUUUAUCUGAAAGGGCACAUCAAGAAAACAUCGCACCAUGAAUGGACAGCUGUAUCGUUCGCCAAGGAUUUCCUGGCUGGUGGCAUCUCCGCUGCCAUCUCCAAGACAGCCGUCGCGCCCAUCGAGAGAGUGAAGCUGCUCCUUCAGGUCCAGCAUGCCAGUAAGCAGAUCACCGUGGAUAUGCAGUACAAGGGUAUCAUGGACUGCGUCACCCGUAUCCCCAAGGAGCAAGGGUUCCUUUCCUUCUGGAGAGACCUUGCCAAUGUCAUCAGAUACUUUCCCCACCAGGCCCUCAACUUCGCCUUCAAGGACAAGUACAAGAAGAUCUUCCUUGAUGGCGUUGACAAGCGCACCCAGUUCUGGAGGUACUUCGCCGGUAACCUGGCCUCCGGUGGCGCCGCCGGAGCCACCUCUCUCUGCUUUGUGUACCCCCUCGACUUCGCCCGUACCCGUCUGGCCGCUGAUGUGGGAAAAGCUGGAGACGGCAGAGAGUUCAACGGUCUCGGUGACUGGCUGGUUAAGAUCUUUAAGUCUGAUGGCCUGAAAGGUCUGUACCAGGGUUUCAACGUGUCAGUGCAGGGCAUCAUCAUCUACAGGGCUGCAUACUUCGGCGUGUAUGACACAGCUAAGGGUAUGCUUCCAGACUCCAAGAAAUCCAGCAUAUUGGUGAGCUGGAUGAUUGCACAGAGUGUGACAGCUGUUGCUGGCCUGACCUCAUACCCCUUCGACACUGUCCGUAGACGUAUGAUGAUGCAGUCCGGUCGCAAAGGAGCGGACAUUAUGUUACAGCCGGACCAUGGACUGCUGUGCGUAAGAUCGCACGCGAUUGAGGGCGGCAAGGCUUUCUUCAAGGGAGCCUGGUCAACGUGCUCCGAGGCAAUGGGCGGCGCCUUCGUGCGGUUGUACGAUGAGCUGAAGAAAGUCAUGUAAUUUGUCAUAUUGUCACACACUGCCAAAUUUGGCUAAUAACUCCCCCAUCGUAUAACUCUCCAUUUCCUAUGGACUUAGCAUUCUGCCUUAGUUAUGGGAACAAACUUUAGGGGCUACACACACCUAGCUGUGGGCGAUGGCUGUACGUUGUGCAUCUUUAUGAUUUUAAACGUUCCACAUCCUCUUUACCAAUGUCAUUCCUGUUGUUAAAGAAAUCUGAUACCUCCUCCUCCUGUCAUUCACUAGGUUUGUAUUGUCCCAACUUGAAUAAAUUUAUUCUGGGGAAACAAACUAAA